GACGCGACCAGGGACAAGCCGUUAAGCACCGGCACCACUUUAGGGCCUAUAAACGAAGGCUCGAUGAUUUCCUUGUUCUGCGAGAGCAGCGAAGGGAAACCAGUGCCUACGGUCGAGUGGUACAAGAACGACCAGCUAUUGGAAGCGAACAGUUCGACGACGGUGGCCGAGAACGGGAUCGGGAACGGGAGCAGCCUGCUGCAGAUGCAAAUCACACGCGACGAGCUGAAUGCAACUUUCACGUGUAAAGUCAACAGUACAACGCUCGUCGAGCCGCUGUCUGUCGACGUGAAGCUGGAUGUUCACGUCCGGCCAUUGGAAAUGAAUCUAAGCGGGGUGGUGGGCCACGUGGUGCAGGGGACGAAGAUCUUGCUUCAGUGCACCGUGCGAGCAGCCAGACCUGCCGCGAACAUCACCUGGCAGAACGGGACCGAGUACCUGAACGAGAGUAACGACAGAUUCGAGAUGUUCGAGACGAAAGUACAAGAGAACGAGGAUGGCACGUCGGAGUCCACGAGUUACCUGGCUUUCACGGCUUCUGUGUACGACAACGGAAGAACGUUCAAGUGCUACGCCGAGAACUCGGUCACGCGUUCGGAGGACAUGAAGCCGAUGAAAGUGUCAACGACCAUCGAAGUUUUAUAUCCGCCUAUAGUGACGGUGAAGCCCGAGAAUAUCACUGUAAACGAAACCGACGAUUUUAUAGUAUUUUGCGAUUACAAUGCUAAUCCGGCCUCUCUGAUAAAAGUAGUAUGGUAUCAAGACGACAAGGAAUUAGUUUUAAAGGACGACCACUACGAGGGUGGUAUCACCGAAGAAACGGCCCUCACCGUGAAAAAUGCGACAUCCAAUGACAUGGGUUCUUACAAGUGUGUACUAGACAAUAACGUUGGCACAUCAACUUCAGAAGACAGCGUUCAAGUGUCUGUGCUAUACAAGCCAGUGGUCAAGGUGAUAAUGGACCCGGAAACGCCGGUGAACGAGGCGGACCGUCAGAACGUCUCGCUGACCUGCGAGGUUGUUACUGGAAAUCCAGCAAGCCUGACCGCCGUCCGAUGGUACUUGGACGGGGACCUGCUGAAAGAACUUCCGGAUUGCACGAGAAAUAGCAGCAUGACCACCACGACCACCGAGGAAUCUUUAAUUUUCUGCGAUAUCGACCCGAGCAAGCUGCUGCUGGAAGCGGUGGGACGCUCCUUUCACGGGAACUACUCUUGCGAGGGCAGAAACGACGCUGGCUGGGGACCACUUUCACCGAGUGCACCUGUCAUGGUCUAUUACAAACCUGGACCAGCUUCGAUCUCGUACGAUCCCCAGCAGGUAAUAAAGAAACAACCAUUGUCCAUUACGUGCUUCGUGCUGGAUCCGGGACGUCCGAAGGUAGUCGGUUUCAAAUGGCUACGAGGCCUUCACAGACUUCCGGAUGAAAACAACGCCACCCUCACCAUCAAGUCGGUUAAUCUGGAAACCGAAGCGAACUUCACUUGUCUGGCUUACAACGAAGCCGGCGACGGCGACCCGGUCACCACGUUUAUCGACGUGUCUGCGGCGCCUGCGUUUAUCGAGAAGCUGACCUCUUAUCAUGGCUUCGUUUACAAUUCUACGAACGUGAGCAUCAUGUGCUGGGUGGAGUGCGCGCCAAUGUGCAACAUCUCCUGGCUGAGGGACGGUAUACCGAUGGAUUUCUCGAAGACCAACCGAUACUACGUGUCCAACGUCUAUCACCAGCCUGAUCCGCGAACGAACGAUUUCGAGAGCAUACAGUCGACCCUGAUCUGGAACCUGACUGCUUGGCCUAAUGGCCAGUUGGAUCGUAUCGAAGACAACGUUAAGUUCACCUGCGAGAGCAGCAGUAAUGGCAUCGGACCUGGAGUGAACAGUAGCACCAACCUGCACGUGGAAUACCCGCCGGAAAAUGUGACGAUAUCGAAGACGAUGAUAAACGUGACCGUGGACACGAUACCGGAAACGGUGACCUGCGACGCGAAGGCAAAUCCGGGCCCCAUAUUCCGCUGGUAUCGGGUAGGAUCCACGGACCUCAUCAUGACAGGCCGGGUUUUCGAUUUAAAGGUCGCAGUGCCGAAACGCAGCAACGGAACGUACUAUUGCAAUGCAUGGAAUCGCCACGGAAGCUGGAACAUUACCUUCGUCAUGAAUGUUCAAUUUAAGCCCGAGUGUCAAGUGGAUAGGGAACGAAUAGACGACGAGGAUUACGUGGUCUGCUCAGCGACGGCCAACCCGAAGGAGACAGAUUUCGUUUGGUCAUUGAAGAGUGACAAUGACACGUUGGAGCAGGUCGCCGAGACUCGCAAUGGGAAAAGCUACAUCCGUCUCGAUCCGUCGGUAACCAAUUUCCGGACGUACGUUUGCGUUGCGAACAACUCCAUCGGCCAUUCCAGUGCCUGCGAGCGCGACGUUCCAGGUCACAUACCUUGGUGGCAACAAUUGGAAGGGUAUCUUCUUCCCAUAAUCAUCGUAGCUGCAGUUGUCCUUAUACUCGUGAUAAUCAUAAUCUGCGUGGUGAUCUACAUCGUUUGCAGACGCAAACGAAAUCAGAUGAAAUAUCCCAAUCAAGCUGCGAAUAACAAUCACGUGAACAGCGUGUCGGAGGGCCUUCCGGAGUCCGGGGCGAAGACGUUCUACGAGAACCUGCCGUUCCACGGGAUCCAAGCGCCGCCUAACAAGAUGCGAUCGUGUUCGAUGCUGAUCAAUCUCGUUUGCAUUAUCACCGUGUCGUACACGGUUUCGGGACACCCCUUUUCGUUCCUGCCACGGCAUGCCGUUGAACGAGCUGCUGAACGUAGGAGCAUAGGCAGGCAGAUAGUAGAGCACAACUCCAACUUCCUGGCUCCCUUAUCGGAAUAUGGGCCACGAUCUGCUGACUCCAAGCCCGUGGAACCAUGGACCAAGAUCACUCAGAAUCCAGUAAACGGCAUAGAGUCCAGUGUGGGAAGCAGGUUGGAAUUAGAAUGCAAAGCUAGCGGCAGCCCUCCGCCGGAAAUUCUCUGGUUCACAGGAAGUGGUACUAACGAACAACUUCUCGAGUACGUGAAAGCCAGCACGCAUUCCUUGUACGAUCCAUCCGAGGAGUGGAAAGGAGUGGCCAGAAUUAAUUCAAAGCUCGUGAUAGAAUGCCUUACACCGGAUGAUGCUGGAUUGAUCUACUGUGCGUCGGUUUCUGCGAGAGAGGUGAAGAUCUCCACUCCUACGGUGCUGCUGGUUAACAACGUAAGUGGUAGCAGUAAUUGCAGUUCUGAAAGUGAUCCAACAAUCACCCUCUACUCCCCCACACUGGUAGCCAACAUAGGAGCAACCGUGCUAUUGCCUUGUAGAGCAAGUGGCAAACCAACACCGCAGAUUACUUGGAUGGAUAACUACAACGUACCUCUAAGUUUAUCGACUAAUUUACGGCACAGAGUAUUAGACAGUGGUGAUCUAUUGAUAGAAGAGCUCUUAUGGGAAGACAUGGGUGGCUACACUUGCCAAGUCAAGUCUGGAAAUCGUCAACAAGUCAUCAGUACAUUCCUCUACCCCUUGCGUCCUGAGAAGCAAGUGGAUCGAACAGUUAAUUAAACGAUUAUCGAAGAAGGAACCUUGAUCGAUCUCUUUCUAUCAUCACACGACAUGCCACAGUCUUAUCGCGCUAAAUUUCGGUGUUCAUUAGCGUUCAAACAUAACGUAUUGUUUGUAAGCAUAAGCACUAUGUAUAAUUCUAUGCUGUAGGAUUAUAUCUCGCUACUGAAAAUGCGACAAUGCGUGCGAGAAUCAGCAACGCUUCAUUUAGUUAUUAACUGAAACGCAGCCAUUAAUUUACUUAAAGUUUUAUAAAAGAUUUUAAGGUGCCAAAGAUGUUUUGUAUUUGAUUAUUAUAAUAAUUUUAGCGAGUUUAAAAUAGCGAUUUUAAGCUAUUUCGAUAUUUAAUUAUUGUCUAUACCGCGACACCUCUUGGACGAGGUUUCGUAUAGUUUAAACGAAUUAUUUAUUUAUUAUAUAUGUACAGUGGAAGCCGACUCAAUAGGCAGACAUAACGGAGGAUAUUUUAAUUAAU